CCAGGAUUCGAAAUGCCGGAUCACGUGCCUCAUCGAUCCGGAGUUACAUACCUUGCCUGUCAGCGGAUCAUGGCUGUAGGGAAAGCACGGCCUCAAGGCCAACUUAAUGCGGGCGAAUAUCUACUAAAUUACACCCUCAAGGAACUCGAAGGCAAUAUGUUUAAGAUCAAGAGCAAUUACAUGAAAGAGCUGGGUGAUAGCGUUUCCAACAUAGCAAUUGUUGCUACAGAGGAAGAAUUUAGUAGGAGGGUCCUGCAAGAAAAAUUGAAAUUAAUUUCGGAAAAUUCAACUCUACUGGAAUCAGCACGGACAGAGCUUGAACUUAUUCGCCACGCAGUUGCUUAUAGGAAAAUAUUGGAAGGUAACAUUACAAAAACGCUGAUGCGCUUUGAGCGUCUAAAAGAGGAGCACCAAUGGUUGUGUAACGAAUUACAAUAUUUAGAACAAAAGACCGAACAAGAAGAGAAGCAGAGUAAAACACUAAGACGUAAAAUUGCUCACACAGCAUUCGUCUACAAUCAGCGUAGAAGUUGGAAUGAAUACAGUUUGCCGAUGGAAUGGUGCGGACUGUCAAGUGCGACGGAAUCACCUCAGAACCAUGGUGUACAAGUUGAGGAUUUACUGGCUCGAAUGCACCCAAAAUUGCCAUACAUCUGUAGGAUUAAUACAGCUUUGAAACAUUCGCUGACUGAUACGCUGGAUGGGAACCACGAGAACAAUGAAAGCUUGAAGGAGGGUGGAAACAAUGAACAAAUCAAGAAUUAUUCACAAGAUUCUAUGUCCGGGGAGUCAGAACAUUUGACAGAAGGCUCUGAGAGCAACUCCACCGUUAAAACAAAGAAAAUUACUGACAGGAAUUCUUCCAACAGUGCAAAGCUUUCUUUGUUGGAGCUAAAACACUUGAUGCUGGACGAUAAUGCCAAAGAGACCAAAAAGGUCACCAUGAGUAGUCCGGUACAAAGAAAGUCGAAAGUAAGCACAGGACGUGGAAAAUCACCGAAAGUGAAUAUCGAUAUGCACACGGAAUGGCAGCUGAGUGAUCUUGACAAAGAAACUAUCAAACAAUGCAUGAAAACCCUAAAACUUAAGGCCCCUACAAAAGAAUGUCCUGUAAUUGAUAAUGAAGGGACUUUAGAAGAGCAAGUGGAUGAGUUCGUCCGUUCAAACGAGCGAUCUCAAAGGUUAAACUGCUUUAUGGAACUAGUUAAUCAGUUUAACUAUCGUGAGACGCGCAGCCCAGGUAUCGGCCUAUGUUGGUUAGCGGUUUUAUCCCUCAAGAGAUUUGAGAAAGAAUUGAGAAAUGGCAAGACGGCUGUGCGAAAACGAACUUCCAUAAGGUUGAGGUCAUCUAAGCGCCCCCCAACGCCAUCUGACAGGGUUGGAGUAGUAAACAGUGUAGAGCAUCAACAGGUUGUCGAGGAUUUGUGCCGUCUACUCAGUUUUCUCAGUUGCUUUUACAAAUCUAAAAACGAAUUUAGUAAAGCCGCUGAAUGCUUGAGGGAGUUUAUCAAACUUAGGCGCCUUACCCGGACUUGGAAGCAAGUAGCCGUAGCGCAAGCCUUGCACAAUUUGUCCUGCUUACAGUCUCUCUUGAAAGAUUGUGAUUCAGCUAUAAUAAAUGCAAGGAAAGCGCUACAGCUUAGACGUGAUCUGCUGGCCUCUGAUCCCAAUGCCAUCGAUCUAACAGGAUCUCAGCUUGCAGUCGCAAGACAGCUUACCCAUAUGGCCCUCUUGUUAAUGAACAAGCAACAAGCGGAACAAAAGCGUCUCCGGUACCAUCGUUUUCCUUUCAGGGACGUGGCGGAUGUACCAGUUUUGCUCAAUGAAUCCAUUGGAAUUAUAACCAGCCUCAUGAUUGUGUAUGCGAAUAGUUUAUCGCUGAUCAAUGAUGACCUGGACAUGAGCACCACGGACGUGUCUCCGUCGACUGUCGGUGACAGCGGAGAGUCGAAGAUUGCGCAAAUUAGACUGAAUCCCAUAGAUGAGUGCUUGAUGGUUUCACGCAACGCCCUCUCAAUCUACUACAUAUGCACUAAAAAAUGGAAUAAGGCACAGCGUGUACUGCAGCAAAACUUGUCACAUAUGGAUCGUGUGAUGCCGGACGAAAGAUUUUUGUACGUAGGCAAGGGUUAUCGAGUUCCAGCAAAGCUGAUAAAACUGACGUGCUUGAAGUGUAUUUUUCAUGUUUUGAAAGUUACUGAACAAGGGGCAAAACAACCAGACCUGCUGCAGCGCAUUGUCAAUUUGGACCCCUAUUAUCGGCAGACUGAUGAAAUGGGUGAAGAUGACAUGAUUCGGAUGUGCCAAAAUUCCAUAUUUGGUUAGAUUUACUAGGUUUUUGUGACUGUAGUGUUUUUGUUUCAUAUUUACCAUAAUGUUUUUAAGAUUAUCCGGUACCAAACUAUUUGUUUUAGUCUGUCUUUCGGUCAUUAACUUUAGUCUUUGCAGAAUUCUUGCCCUUAAUUUUGGUAUUAUUUGUUUGGCUGCAAUAGCUACUGUUUUAAACAAAAAUCCGUUUUCUUUCAAGGCCGGGACACCCAGGAUUGUCUGAAUCCUAGAUGCCUUUAAAUCUGGGUUAAAACAGUAAAAAGUACAUGUGAAAAGCUCGUGAAUUUGCUAACUAUAAACUUAAAGUUUAGGGGGAAUAACGCUGCUGCAUUUUUGCAAGAACUACAUUUUGAGCGUCUAUGGUCAGACACGUAGUGGCCUCUUAAGUAGUCCGCCAAGUAUGUUUUUUCACUUCCUAUGUAUUUGGAAAAAAUUUUCACAAAAAUCCGCGGGCCUACGAUAGCAUCAACGACAGCAGUACAUCAGUCAUUUGAAGCGAUACUUCGCUACCGAUUUGUUACCCUGACCUA